GCUAGGCAAUUGCAGUGUUCCUGUCCCUGCCACUAUGCUGCGUUGUCAGAUUUGCUGGCAGCUGCUCCUUGGGUGGGCUGUGCUACUGGGCCAUCCAGUCUUUGGGGACCUGGAUGCCUCAGAAGAACCCCCUUUAACUGAGUCAGAGGAGCCGGUGCCAGUAUCACAAGAUGUGGAGGAGCCGGUGGCACUGCCAGAAGAGUCAGAGAAGGAAGAAUCAGAAGAUUCAUUGAAUCGAGGACAGGGACCGACCUCAGAAGAACUGGAGAUGCUGUUUGGUCCUUCAGACCAAGAACUAGAAGAAAGGGCAAGAAUGUACAGACUCAGGAUAGAAAGAGAUCGUGGCAGAAUGUACGGUUUUUCAGUAGAUCAUUUGAUGGGAAUUGCUGUGCAUCACCAUAACGGGAAAAGUGAUCAUAUUUACACACCAUAUGAGAAUGGAAAUGUAAAAGUUAAGAAAACAAUCGGCACAUCGAUAUACCUCACGCUUUUGUUGGUGAAAACCAACUGCACGAAGGAAGAAAGGCCAGAUGAAACAAUAUAUGGUUUCGAUGACUACGAGGAGCAACUGCACAAUCCCUCACCUGUGGAGAGGAAACGCUGUGAGGUGCCUCCAGAAGCUGAGCAAGAGGUAUUGGAAUGCACAUUCACAAUUUUUCGGGAUGCGAGGAGCCCGUAUUCGGCCGAUUCUGUUACUGAUCGCCAUUGCGUGCCAUUUGGUCAGCGGCGUGAAAAUGAAUACUGAAGGUUUGACAUCAUCUCUGGAUCCUGAUGGCCAGUUUUUGCUGUGGGAGGAUGUUGAAAGUAGAAAAGCAACCACUAAGCUGUGGUGACUAUUAGGAGCAAAUCUGGAAGAUCGCCCACUGCAAGGAGAUAAUCCAUCUUCGUCUCAAACCCACUCCUCCAUUUCUCACCCAUACUGUUUCUCUUGGUCCUAUCAGCUCGCUUUGAACUAUAAAAAUAAAAUUAACUUGCUCAAGCAUUA